AUGUCGUUCUCCUUCCACUUUGCUCUGGACAAUAGCGUCUGUGCGACGUCUAUAGCCCGUCGCCGUCGCCAGCCGCGACGUCCUCGACGCCGGUUGGACCACAGCGCGAGUGCGAGCGGAUCGUCUACAGCCCUCGCGCCCCCUCCCCCCGUCUUUUCUGUUGUCCAAGUCGAAGACCUGACGUUCGAGACCGUUCAGACGACGAAUGCAGCCUUUAUGGCGCGUACAGGCGCUAUUCGCUCGUGUUUGACGACGUCAGACGUCCAGACAGGUGUCUACGAGGGCGGGUUCAAGCUCUGGGAGGGCGCGUUGGAUCUCGUGAAGCUCCUGGCGACGCAGCAGCGACAAGGCGCGUCGAUGCCGGCGUCCGUCCUGGAGCUGGGCUGUGGCCACGGCUUGCCGGGGAUCUACGCUCUGCAACAGGGUGCAGGGCUCGUGACGUUUAGUGACUACAACAAAGAGGUGCUGGAGCUCACGACCUGCCCUAACGUGCGGCGUAACGUGGGUGAGCAGAUGUUCUCGAGGGCCGAGUUUUACGCUGGAGCAUGGCGCGGCAUGUCCCGGUACAUGGAAACUGUAGAGCUCAAGACGCCCGACCAGACGCAGUUUGAUCUGAUCUUGACAGCAGAGACUAUUUACACGGAGGCAGUGGCGGUGGAGCUGUAUCAGACGAUCAAGCGACAUUUGCGUCGAACACCGAACGCCCGUGCGCUCAUUGCUGCGAAGAAGUAUUACUUUGGGACAAACGGCAGCGUGCAGCACUUUGUCGGACUCGUACAGGCAGACGGUCUUUUCACGGCCGAGACGGUAUGGCAAGAGCACGACGGCCGUUCGAAUAUGCGCGAGAUCGUGCAGCUUACGUGCGUGGAUACGUGCUGA